GUCGCAAACCCAGAGUACAUUGGCAAGGAAUUACCUGAUUGGUCCGAAAAGCGCACAAUUGCUUGUCGUUUGUUGAAGCGAACGACUGGUGGAACUAAAACGACUAUCCACACGUCUUCUAAACGCCUACAGUCACAGCAUUGUGUAUUGACUCACAUUGCUCAAAUUUUCUUGAGUAUAUAUACAGCUUUUCCAGCCUUAUUUACUUGUCCCCAGCGCUGUAUACAAUGGAAGUCUACGAACAUUCUCCCACGUCAUCGAACCUUCAGAAAGCUCUUAAAUCCGCUCUUCCAUGCAGCAUCAAUCUAGUCUAUCGCACACAACACCCCUAUCAAUCAGAGCACGCACACAUACUAUCAACAAUCCCCCCAUCAGCCACAGACGUGCCAAAAUGCUGGGCAGCAGCAUACAUCGACCGCUCCAUGCGCCCGGGAACCGAACUCUGGCUCUUCGCCGCUGGAGAAGACCCAAAUCACGCAGCUGAACAAGACGGAGCACCAAACAGAGUCCCGGAUGGAGCAUCAAACCACUCUACCUCAACCAAAAGAUUCUGCCCACAAUGUAGACUCGCCGUACUAUCGCUACUAGACAACAUGUACACACUGCCCCUCCCACCCCUCCACCCAGAUGAACAACCCUCUCUGGAACUAGCAAAGCAGCACGAAAAAGAACAUCCCGAGUCCGGUCCCGACGUAGUCUACGACCUCUCCCCAGGAACAUACAUGCGGCACCUGCUCUGGCCCGGGGUCGUCACACUAGGCGCGUGCCACCACUCCAUCGUCUCUCUAUGUCGCGAAGCGGGGAUCCUGCGCUCAGAACUCCCAGGCGUGAACGCCGUGCUCAACAAGUUUCUGUUCAGAAUCACGGACCUGCCGAGCGUCAAAAGCUUGCCUGAAGGAUUGAGGUGGGGCGAGAUGAGGGAACGCGAUCUACCGACUGUACAGGCGCGGACGAGUAUCCCGCGGGCGAUGCGCACACUGCUGAGUCUGAAGAGUGUGGGCGUAUUUGAAGAAGCUACGGAUAGGGCUGUGGCGUGGACGUUCCUGGGGCUGGAUGGGAGUCUGACAACGCUGCAUACGGAGCCGGAGUGGCGGGGCAAGGGGAUUGCGAAGGCAGUUGCGGCGAGGAUUAUUGGAGAGUGUGCACCGGGGUUGGCGGUGGAUGAGAGUGAGAUGGCGUGGUCGCAUGCAGACGUUUAUGUGGGCAAUGCGCAGAGUGAGAGUGUGUGUAGGAGUUUGGGGGGAAAGGCGAUGUGGGAGCAUUAUUGGGUGAGGAUAGAUCUCUCGAAAGCAGGGUCACUGGCGAAACAUGCAUCACAAGAUGUAGACGGUAGAAUAUAGAUCACGCAUGCAAAAGUAGAAGAUGGUUUGAAGAAUCUUGGGUAUCUGAUUGAUAGUCAGCCUUAUGCUCUUCGAAAUGCAAGGUUCGAACAGGUUAGGUAUGAAGUGCUCAGGAAAAAAUUAGAGUUGUGUUGCGUUUAGAUCCUCAUAGAGAUCAGGGUUAAAAAAUUAUCAUCAUCGCGGGGGUAGUAAGGAAGAGGAGUA